AUGAUUCGACACGGUGGAUCCGUUGAAGAAGUAGAAAUGUUCUUCGGAAUGCUCAAAGUCGAACAACUCCCUCUUGUCGCUUUCAUUGUCAACGAUAACAACGAUGUUCAGAAGGCCAAUGGAGGAUCCCACUGGUCCCUUUUAGUGUUCGACAGACAGAAGGAUCAGUUCAGACACUUUGAUCCGAUUUCUGGCAAUAAUCAUCGAGUUGCGCUGAAGUUGAUAGAAAAAGCACGGCAACUUGUGGGACAAAAUAACAUGCAGAAUGGGUUGGAAGUGGAGAAAGUACUCCAGCAGACGAACAGCCGAGACUGUGGAUUGUACGUGGCGCAGUAUCUGUGGACACUUGCAGACGUGAGCUUCAUAUGCCUUCAAGUCGACUUAUUUUUCGUAGUUUUUUGCAGACUGCUCAGGUAGCUGCUAUCAAUAAUAUUAAGAGGAUUGAACAAACAAGGAAGUUCUGGAUAAAUUUGAUAAUCAAUUUUUCCUCAAAAGAUUAAUUAUUAAACGAUGCAGUUAAUUUGAUCUCACACAACAAAUUAGUAUAUAAAUUCAGAUUUGUUUUUGAAAUUAUUACGGUUGCUAACCGUUUCUUUAUCUGUAUUCAAGAUUAUAUAACCGAUUUUAAUGAGAUAUUCAGAUGAUCACUCCUGUAUUCUGGAUCAGCCAAGAGGACGACUCUUUGGUCAUCAGAAUCCGUGCUCCACACGGAAAUCUGGCUGAACUUGAUUACGAACAUGGAGAGAAUAUGUUCGUAUUCACGUGUCCUCCGUACUUUUUGAGAUUACACUUCAAACAGAUGGUUCAGGAGUACGGAAGUGGGACCGGUAAAUUGGAAUGGAAGUCUGAAGAAGGUAAAUAUGCUCGGUGAAUAGAUGAUCUCAUUUACUUUCUUUGUUCUAGGUGAAUUUCACAUCCGUGUGCCAAAACUUCAUCGUGGUGAGCACUUUACCAACUUGGAUAUGAUCACCGAGCUUCUGAAUCCCUCGCGAGAAAUUCACGGAAGACCACUCGUUGAAGAGGUUCAAUCGGAAGAGAAUGAGGAAGAAAUGGAAGAAGAUCCGGAAGGAAACGAGUUUCUCGUCGAUCAAGAAGUUUCCAAAGAAUCAGAAGCAUCCGAUUAUAAAAUUGAAAAGUUUGGAUACGGAUUCGGAUGGAGUAAGGCCGGCGUUAUUGAACGAUUGAGAGAAGAAAUUGGACAUGUAGUGGACCUUCCGAAUCCAGAAGACGUGGAAAUCGGAUUACGCAUUUCUAAAUGUGCUACAUUCGAUUAUAAAAAGUUCGAUGAAGGUCGAUACUUGUAAGAGAUGCUGUUCAUAAAUGUCAUACUUUUUUUCGUAUUUCAGAGCCGACACUGUAGAGCCAGAAGAAGAGCUCAUCGCUAUAAUUGCUGCCGAGUUUAAUAUCAAACUCAGUCUCACUGAUGAUGAUCGCGUCAAAUUGAAAGAUCUGAAAACAAAGCCAUCACGCAUUCAAGGAUCGGAUUGUGAAGUUGCCACGUCACUUGUUGAUAUCGUCUUCGCGUAUUGCUACGAUCAAAGGGUCAAUGAUUGGGAAUCAACUUGUGAGAGCGGAUGGACUUGCUCCAAACUCUCCCCAAGUUUGUCCUACUUGACAAAGUUCGAUACUGUUCGGGAGGUAGUCUUUACAUUGUUAACCGCAUUUAAUGUUUUGCUUUCAGGCCCUCCUUUCAGCCACCCGUCGUGCCGUCAGUUAUCCUCUCUACCGUAGUUUCAAUCUGGCUGUCAAAGUUAUUGAGGAUACGAAGAAAGUGUUCUUGGAGGGACGUUCUGCCCUGCUUCACGUUCUUUGCGACCUGAAUCAUAUUUUUGUGGCGUCCGGAGAGUUUCGCUAUAUUCUGAAUGAUCUGUUCAUCACUGACUACCUCAUCUGGAUUCAAUCAGUCCCGGAGAAUGUUAUCGAAGACAUUCAGAAGCAGUUGGCUGAACUGCCUGCUAUUCAUAAAACUGAUCUUGGAUGGGAUCUAGAUAUGCUCGAGACUAAUGCAAAAUUAGAGAAAACCACUUUGGACAGCGAUGAUGACCCGGAUCCCGUCGAUGAAUAA